CGGGAAUUCUUGACGGCAGUGACAGUUCAAAUUGACGGAAUUUAGAUUUGCAGGUGUUUCGGCGGAGUUUUUUACAGUUGUUUUAUUUUACAUGCUUCUUAAAAUGAAAUCUUAAUUUGAUAAGUUUUGCAUAAAUGACGUUCCAAGAUGUUUAUAGAGGAUAUAAAGAACGAUUUCUACAAUGUACUACUCGGGAAUAGGGUGCUAUUGUUAGUUCAUUACGAUGUGGAUGCGAUUUGUACUUGUAAGAUAUUGCAGAGUUUGUUUAAAUGUGAUAAUGUGUCGUAUACACUGGUCCCCGUGGGGGGUAUAGCGGAGUUGCGUCAAGCUUACGAUGAGAAUAACGAGGAGAUAAAGUACGUGGUGCUGGUGAACUGCGGCGGGACCAUAGACCUGGUGGAUAUCCUGCAGCCGGAGGAAGAUGUGGUGUUCUUUGUGCUAGACGCCCACAAACCCACUGAUGUGUGCAAUGUGUAUAGUGAUGGACAGGUGAGAUUAGUAUAUAAGGAUGAUGAAGAAAACAUUCCCAACUUUGAUGAUAUAUUCAGAGAUGACGAAGAUGAGGAGAAUGAAGAGUCAGAGAGUGGUCGCGAAGGUCUGGAGGCGAUGGUGGAGCGCCGGCGCGAGCGCCGCGCCUGGGAGGAGAGGCGAAACACACUCAUGUUUAACUACACACAGUUCUCUUACUACGGGAAACCUAGCGCGUGCGUGGCGGUGGAGCUGGCGUGGCGCGUGUCGCGCUGCGGCUGGGCGGCCGUGUGGGCGGGCGCCGUGGCCGCCGCCGCGCAGGCCGCGCUGCACACGCGCGCGCCCGCCGCCGCGCUGCUGGACGCCGACCACCUCACCAGGCAUCUGCCGCCCGAACACACGCACACCGGUAGCCGUGUGAGCCUGGAGAAGGAUGUCAACCUCCCCCUAUACCGUCGCUGGUCGCUAGAAGCCGCGUUACGUCACUCGCCGGCGCUGGCGCCCGCGCUCCGCCUGCACACGGUGGCCGGACAGACGCGGCUUCGGCAACUGCUCGCUGAUACUGGUAUCCCGCUGCAGCAGGCUCGGCAGGCCUACCGCUCCAUGGACGUGGAACUCCGCCGCUCGCUGCUGACGGCGCUACAGAGCGCGGCCCCCAAGCACAAGCUGCCGGACCCCACGCACACCACGUUCCUGCUGCACAGGGUGCACUCACCCACACUGGCGGCCACGGACAUCGUGUACGCGAUUAUGGGCCUUAUUGAACAUGAGACGUUACCCCGCGCGGAAGGCUUCCAGCACGCUCUGGCCGCGCUGGACACGGAGGCGGGAGACAACGACAGCCGCCGCCUGGGCUGCGCCAGCGCACAGCGCGCGCUCGAGGCCGCCGCCCGCCUCGCGCACGCCACGCUCAGCGCCAGGCAGCUGCACCUGGCCGGGCCCUUCAGCUACUUCAUCGUGCAGGAGGGCACGGCGGAGGCCAGCCUGGUCCGCGGGCCGCUGUGGCUGGGCGUGGCGGCGCGCUGGCUGGCGGCGGGCGGCGCGGCCGUGCUGGGCUCGGCCCCGGGCCCGCCCGGCAGCUGUCUGCUGCUCGGGGUGCCGCCGCGCUACCAGCACGAGACCAGGAAUUUGUUCGGCGCGGCCUUCGAGCAGGCAGCCACCAAGUGCGGCGCGUCGGUGUCGCUGGACUACCUGGACUCGUCCGUCAUCACGCUGCCCACCGCCCAGCGCGCGCAGUUCCUGGACGCGCUCACCGCCUUACUAGCCUAGUACUGUACAUACACAAUACAUUUAAAACUAGCAUCUGAACAUUGAUCAGGGUAUUCUGCUAAUUAAUUACAAAGAAAAUUGGCUUAAAACGAAUUUUUUGUAUCCUCUUAAGAAUUUUCUUACAUAAUCAUUGGAAAUUCAGUACGGGAUGGCACUCUCAAAGUCAAAACAAUGAAUUCCCAUGUUGUCAAAAUGCUUAAGAAGAUAGAAAUAGUUUCAAAUUUAAUCCAAUUGCCAUUCAUUCAUCGGCCAUUGUAAAUAGCAGAGUCGGGGCCCAGGAAAAUAACAGCAUGUUUUAAAACUACAUUUAAACACAUUUCUAAAAGCGAGAUGACGCAAUACACCGUCAAUAGUAGUGUCUCUUUCUAACAAUUGCAAUAGUAGUUUUAAGAUGUGGUGAGAGAAUCUCCUUUAAAUCUGUUGUUGACAAACGUGAAAGGUGUGAAAGAGCAACAAAAGAGUUAGCAGAGGUUUUAUUAUUUUGUGUGAUCAGUGUUCGAGAUACCAGAUAUUAGUCUAUUAUAAAAGUUACUGUACAAUUUUGUGAGUGAAAGUUAGACAUAGACCACGGAUUGGUUGCAGAUGUAUUAUUUCUGCGAUUUCUGAACUCUUACAUCUGUCUUCAAGAGAUAAUUUGAAGCCACACAAUAAUUAACAGAAUAUUAAGAUUCAAAAUGGCUGAUAUACAGUAAAUAUCAGCCAUUUUGAAUCUAAACUCGCAGAUAUUCCGCCUCGAUAUUUCUAUAAUUCGCUACCAGUCCUUAUUUAAACAAUAAAAUAAAAUUACGUUGUACAUUCAUUUUGCAAUUAACAAAUUAGGAUUAAAUAGGAAUUAACUGUUAAUUAAAAUCAUAAGCCUAUUGAUCACAAAAAAAAACAAUAUUCUUAAUUCAAUUGAUUUCUAAGUAUCCAAUUAUUCACAUUUAAUUUGUAAUGAUCAUUUUAUUCAAUGAUUUGACAAUCAAUAAUUCAAUCCUCUUUAUUAUAUCUUAUAAUUGUUUUGUCUGCUUUAAGGUGUUAUAUGUUGUGUGUCUGAAUGUUAGAUUGUAUGUAAAGAACAGUUGUUUUUUUAUAAUCUGUAGGCCUUAUGAAAUAUGUAUAUGAAAAUGUAGUGUUCAAUAUUUCAAAUUAAUUUACUAAUUCAUACAAGUUUUAAUUAAACCAUCUAUUAAUUGUAACUUAAUCAAUGAUUACAAAACUCAAAACUACUGUUCUCUACUUUGUGUGAUUGUUUCUUAUUAAGUAGUAAGUAAUUAGUGUAUAAUAUUUAUUUAUAAAUAAUUUAGUUGCAUUAUGAAAUAAAACAAUAAUUAUACGAAAAAAGUAUAUUUAAUUUGCCAAUUACAAAAUAUCACGUUUUACGUACAUAAAGGAACAAUAUAAAUAUUUGAUUUAAGAUUAUUAUUUAUGAAUAUGAGUUGGUAACACCAAUGUAGGACAAAAACAACUAUAUAAGAGAAAUCAUUUUUACAAUAAAGUCAAUAUUAUAAAAGUGAGUUUUGAAAUUCUGAUAAACAUUAUUUAGGAAUUUUCAUCAAAUGUCUCAGUUCAGUACAUUUCAAUUACGAAAAAUUCACGCACGCCUUCAAGAAAUUAUAUAAAUUUUGGUGUGUUAUUCGAUCACAAGAGACUAAUGGUCUGUUAUUAAACAAGUUGUACUUUUUUAAAGUAGAAUUUGGUCCUAAUCGUACAACAUUUAUACGCCAAUAAGCUUCUUUUAUUAUCAUUAGAACAGCUAUAUACUUUUGAAGCACAUAAAAAAUCACAGUAUAAUCAAAACACAACAUUUUUCAGUCUUAAAAUCUAUAUAACCGCAUAGCAUUUGUUUUAUUUACAUAUCACUCCCAUUUUAUAAUAGACACCAAGAGGUGGCUUACGUUAGUAUUUAUCAAGUAAAUCAUUAGAUACAG